AUGACUUGCCGCGUCGACCAACGCCGUGGCUCGGCCGCCUCCUCCGUCACUGUCAUCAUCGAGACCGUCACGACAACGACCACGAGGCUCGACGACCUGGCCUCGACCGACGAGGCGCCCGUCACCUUCGUCUCGCCGUGCCCUGUCACCUCCCGGCGCGGCUCGACCGCCGGCGCCGUCGCGCAACCACCCCAUCAGGCGCCGCCCGUCCCCUCAUCGAGCGCCCAUGCGCCCUCGUACACCUUCCCACCGCCCCCGCCGUACGGCGACCCGGCGCCGACACCUCGAGCGGCCGUCCACCCCCUCACCUUCUUCGCCUUCUCCUCCCUCACGCCCGUCCCCUCGUCAUCCUCCUCUCCAGUCCGCCCCUCCCAACCCGACGCCCACAUCAUCUCCAUGCCCGCCGCGCCGCCGCCGCCACCGGCGUACGCCGCGACCCCUCGCACCGAAGCCGAGCGCCGCUUCUGGCACGGCUUCCUGUGCCCGGCGCUGUGGGUCCUCGGCGCGCGCCGCAUCUGGCGCAGCGAGCGGCUGUCCACAGCGGCGACGGUGGCGGCGGCGUUCGGGACGUCGGGGAAAGACGAGGCGGGCGAGGGCGCGGGCGAGGGCGAGGGCGCGCGAGGGUGGACGGCGCUGCCGCCGGACGUGCGCGAGUCGCUCGAGCUGUGGCGCGAGGAGGAGCUCGUGUGGGCGAGGCGACCUCAGCCCGUCGAGCGGCCGCGAGAGAAAAAAAGCAGAGUCUGA